AUGUCAAUACGCACACUCUUUGUGCUGCGGCUGUUGCCAGCACUCAUAUUGCUGGUAGUGGCAUUGGCUAAUACAAUGGGAGCGCUUGCCGCCACGACACCACCAUCUUGCAUGUCCAAUGCUGGACAGCCUGUAGAUUGGUGGUUCGUCAAGCUACUUCCUUUUACCAACUCAUACAUCUAUGUUGAUAGCAAUGGCAAAUCAAUCACAGUACCAUCAUCAACUGACAUCACCUCACAAUCGAGCUGUCUGGCCGCGACAUUGUCGCAACUUGACUCAACAACAUCGUCAGCAGCCGACCUAUCUCACCUCGCCUACAGCGAUCUGCCCUACAAGGGCGACCAGUCUGGGCAGCUCUAUCCCUCGUUGAACGCUCGCGAUCAUUCUGAAACAUCACACAGUCGCAGACGUCAUGGACCUCGAGGUAUCGUUGUGGCCAGCGGCUCAUCCAAUGCAGGCUUCCACAUUAAGCACUCCAAGGAAGGAUUCCCCUUGUUGAGCGCCACAUCCAAGGGCAUAAUGACGCCAACCAAGGCACCUGAUGCUAAAUGGUUCCCAACAGACUUCCACGUUGCAUCGCCUGACUCGGUCCAGGACGACCUGCGCCUCUCAUACGCCCACACAUUCGUCUGCCAUUCAUUCUCCAAUGUUGCCAGUGUACUACCUGUACUUGCUGGUGCCUCGCCCAAUGUCUAUGCCAGCGUCCAGAGUCAGACUGCCAACGCCAUCAACUUACUUUCAUACUUCCAAUCCAGUCCACCAUCAUCCAGCCAGACUCUUGCCUACCACGACCCAAGCCAAGUAUCCCUCUUCUCUGCCUACCUCAACGACUUCUGGACCCAAGGUCUCAUCUCUCCCGUGUCCCUUCUCACUAUCCCAAGGACUGGAUAUGCUCUCCCUACUGGCGCAUCUGGCGUCGUUGAGACUCGACUGCCCAGUGGCUUUGCGGAUAAGUUCAAGAUCCCUCCAGUGUCACGCCAAUGGAGCUCUGAGAUCGACCAGAGUCAUGUGGCCAUCACAGCUGAUCGAUCAAUAUGUAUUCAAGACUCAACUUGUUCUCCAAUCGAAGGUGGAUGUAUUAUUGUCUGUCUUCAAGAUCACUCGGCUAUCAAUGAUUUGGCCACCCUCCUUUACCUCUCGUCAGUCACCAUCAUCUCAACUCCAUGCUCGUCGUAUGCCGCAUGUCCAAGCCAGACUGUGUCCACAGUCAAGGACACCUACUUCCACGGCCGACUGAUGUACGACAUCGAUGUCACCACGUUCGGCCAGCCAUACUUGGGUCAGACCGAUGGUCUCCUCCACAACACUAAGGUCCAGGUGUUACCAAUUCCAAAGAGUGGCCAGCAACAACAACAACUGCCAUCAUGUGAUCAAUCAUGUCUCGACAACAUUGGCGAACAGUACUCAUACGUCUCGGACUCCAUCGGUUUGGUAUCUUUAGAGAAAUCAAUCACAACUGGUUACCAACUGUCCAUCACAUGCUUCCUCGAGGAUACAGUCAACAAGCUGCGUGUUGAGGAUUCACAGGGCAAUCUCUUAUCGAUGCCACUGACGCCACGAGACAAUGUUGCCUUCGUGGCCGAGGUGGACCCCAUCCUGAUGGUCUACAAACUAUUCCAAAUGUUUGUGAAGCUUGCUCGUGAGGAGUAUGCUCUGCCCGACUACCUGUUCAAUGACAUCACCAUCACGCUGUCACAAGACCGCACUCGCGCCACCAUUGGCGCCAAUACCGACGUCCACAUCAACUUGCAGAAGCUGUGCGUUGAGCAAGUUGCCGAAGUGUUUGCAUACUCUCUUCUUGCGCGUGGCAACUCGGCCAUCAAUUACCAGCCCAUGACAGUGCCAUUUGCCCAAGUACUCGACACUGACCCUUCGCGCGCCUUCAUCACCGGCCUGGUCGCCGCAGUCGGAGCACUAUUCCGCCAGGCCAUCUCCCCAUCUGGCCAGGCAGUUCAGUUCGACUCUUGCUACGCCUCGCCAACAAACAUUGAGCACUUCAACUCUGACCUCACCACACGUUUGAAUGCAAUGGCCUCGCCUGGAUGGAUCACCGCAGCGAUCUGGGAUCUGAUGGAUGGUGACAAUGACAAUGUGAUUGGCAAUGCACAAUUCAGUAACCUCUACGCAUUUGAUGAUAAUCGUGGAUUCACGAUCCCCCUCGCUGCCAUACUGGACGCCGCAAUCAAGGCCUCACUCGCCAACCCUUCAGCAUCCUUUAAGGACCUUGCCAGCGAGCUUGGUGGCGCUGUCGCUCAGACAAUCGACCCGACCACAUACCUCUACGAGGUGACAAUGGGACAUGUUGACCAAGUUGUCCAGUUCAAUAAUCUCAAGUCAUGUGAUCAGGCCCUUUUGCCCCCAACCACACCCUGCGCUCCAGUCGCUCUCCCAUCAACCGACCCGACGAUCAACGAUUACCUUUUGUCCUUUGGCGUGUGCCUGACUCAACUUGAUCGAGUUGGUCACUCACUACUUGAGAAGGCUGUGUUGAGCUGGGCAACCGACCCCGACCUGUCACUCCUCUACAACAAUCAUGCUUUUGGCUUCUUCUACACCCCGAGCAUGCGCAAUGCCUUCCAGUCGAUGUUCAAGUCAGAUCUCCACCUCCAAGCACUCAUCGAGAUCUUUGACCCACUCUUCUGCCUCACCGGACUGGGCCGCGAGACCACUUCGACAGUCACCGACCCCAACACACUUGUGGUUGUCACCUCGAUGCUUCAAUACUUGGUCAACAUUGCCAAUGACUUUAUCAUCUAUGAAGAGAUGAUAUUGUACUUUGUUGGAGAUGCAGUCGACACCUCAUCAUCAACGGGCAUCGUCGUCGCCACUUACAAUGGCCAGCUAUGUGGAUUUGACACGCAGACAUACUCCACCUACCUCCUGGCCUCGGCACUAUCUUUAUGUAACUCAGACCCAGUCGUUGACAAUGUUGUUGGAUUCACCUCUCCAACAAUACCAACACAAUCAAACACAAUGACCAUCACUGGAUGGAAGCUAGCCAAUGCCCGCGUUCAGGUUGGUGGCAUGGACUGCACAUUGAUCCAGUACACGCCCGCCCAGCCCAUACCCGAGGGCAGAGAGACACUGGUUUGCCAAGUCCCAUCCAACGUUGGCGUGCAGUCCAUCACCGUCUCCAAUCCAGGCAGCACUCUCCCGGUCCCUAGCAACCCGCUUCCUCAGUUCACCUACGAUGCACCAGUGAUCGAGCGCGUUGAGAUGUCGGACAAACCCCUCAAGCCAUUUGGCAGUAUCAUCUCAAUCUUUGGAACCAACUUCUUCUCGCUCACAUCCAAGGCAGUCGACACCAUUGUUGUCAAAGAGGGAUUGAGCAUGGUGCCAACAAAUAUACUCGGAGGCAGUGGAGGUGUGAUCGUGUACACUACAUCAGGUGGAGCCGGAGUAAAACAAGAACUAACAGUGACGGUUGCCAACCAACUCAGUGUCAACAGCCAGAAAUUCACAGUCGACUACAUAGCACCAAUCGUCACAUCGUUUGUCGGCCCCGCACAAUCACUAAGUGGCGGAGACAUACUCACGAUCAUAGGCAAAUACUUUGGCGAUGCAAUCAAUGGACUAUCAAACAUCGAGGCGUGGAUUGACAUUGAUCCCUGCUUGUCGACCAAGAUGAUCACACUCGACACAGAGGUCGAAUGUGUUGUACCCAAUGGAAAUGGCGCCAACAAAGUCACACUCUCGGCGAACGGCCAAACAUCCGAUCCCAGCACCCAGCUCUACAAGUACAAGGAUCCAUUCAUCCUGCAAGUCGUCCAAGAGCCAAUGCCCACUGCCAUUGGCGGCUCAUUCUGGGUGGCUGGCACUGACCUCGGCCCAGUCAUUGAUGAGAUGCCCUUUGUAUUCAUCUAUGAUCAAAUGCCUGUGGAAUGUAUUGAUGACUCGGACAGCUGUUACAUGGACAAGCAGUACAUUGAUGAUAAUGGCAACACGAUCGACGCGCCAACUGUACAAAUUCCAGACACACCGUUCGACCCUUACAUCGCAUUCAAACCAUCCUUCCGCUCGACCAUCGACUUUGACUGUCUGCGCUGCGAGCUCCCUCCGGGCAUUGGUGGACCCAAUCAAUUGUUUGUCACUGUCGAGCUUGAGAAAGUCAGGUCCAAUGUCGCCACCGAGACCAUCUCAUACCUCCCACCUACCAUCAAUGGUACAUCAAUGGAAAGCGCUGGCAACACCAACACUGAUGGUGGAUACUCAGCCAUUGUAACAGGCAACAACUUUGUGCCCAAUGAGUAUACUAUCAUGUACUAUGAUAUUGAUAAUCCAGCUGAUAGCAAGUUAGACGUCGACAUCUCUGGCCCACUCAACUACACAUUCGUAAUGCUUGGUGAUCGACUGUUGAACAACACUCAGUUCACCAACUCGACACUCAUCAACAUGACCAUACCCGCUGGUAUUGGUGCCAAACACCUCAUCAACGUCACAAUAGGACUUCAACCAAUGACCAACAACGAUUCAUCACUCUACUACUUCAGCUAUCAUGCUCCUCAAGUCAACAAUGUAUCCAUGCUCCCAACAAGUGGAGGCGAGAUCAGUAUUGAUGGAAAGAACUUUAUUCCAAAGGAUAUCGAACCAGGUACAGUUGAUUAUAGCAAUGUUACGGUGAAGAAUGAACUUUGCUCGGAGAUCAAGUGGACCAACUCAUCACAGAUAUCAUGUACAGUGAAGCCAGGUAUUGGUGCCAAUCAUACUGUUGAAGUGUUUGUUGGUGGACAGGCAUGUGUUACCGACAAGCCAAACGAGAAGUGUUCAUCUACCAUGUCCUACAAGCGUCCUUCACUUGAGAGCUGCACCAACAGUGAUACCAAUGGCCAACAGGUUGAGAUCAAAGGUGACAACCUUGUACCGGAGGGUGUCGACCCUGCUGACAGCAAGGUGACCGUCAAUGACAAGGAAUGCUCAUCCCCUCAAUGGAUGUCCGAGCAAGAUAUCAAGUGUACAGCUCCACCAGGCAUUGGCAAGGAUGUCCCAUUGAACAUCACCAUUGGUGGCCAGACCCCUGAGAAGAACAUCACCAUGUCCUACAAUCCACCUAAGCUGGACAAUCAGAAGUAUACGUCACCAACUGUUGGCGGCGAUAUUACAAUCCAAGGCAACAACUUCAUACCAGAGUCAUUGGGCAAGGAUACUUCGAUCACUUCAAAGAAGGACGAGAACAACGUACAGAUUGAUGGAAAGGAUUGCACACAGAUCACUUGGACCGAUCAUCUAUCGCUGAUCUGUCACACACCCAAGGGAACAGGACGCGACAAGCCCAUCACCGUCAAGGUUGGCAAGCAAUUUCUGGAGAAUACCAACCAAUACUUCUCCUACGAGGCACCUCACAUUGACUCGAUCGACCCCGAUCGUGGCAGAACAUCAAAGAACACUCUGGUCACGAUCAAGGGCAAGAACUUUGGUGACAACCCUAAGGUCAAGAUCGGUGGCGUGUCAUGCACGCUGGUCAAGACUGAAGAUGGCGAGAUCCAGUGCAACACGCCAACAUCAUCCAGCGAAGGUGAUAAGGAGGUGUUGGUCACAGUCGAUUCACAAGACUCCAACAAGGAUGUGAUGUUCACAUAUUAUGGUCCGCCAAAGAUUGAUCGUGUCACCCCCGAGACUGGCGGCGUCGAUGGCGGCUACCUCUUGACAUUGGAUGGCAAGAACUUUGUCGAGAAGGACUCGACCACUACUGUGUCAUUCAACAACAAGGACGUCACAAUCCAAACACUCGAGAAUGAGAAGAUCACAUUCAUGGCCAAGAGUGGAGGCGGUCGAUCAAUCCCAAUCAAGGUCACUGUGGGCGAUCAAGAAUCAAACACAAACACAGCAUUCUCAUUCAAGGCUCCAGUGAUUAGCAAGGUGUCACCAUACUCUGCUGAUCAAGAGUCUAGCACUCCAAUCGAGAUCACUGGAACUGAUUUGGGACUAAUGGGCGACAACCCAAGUGUUAUUGUUGGCGGUACAACAUGUAGUGGUGCCACUGCUCAAUUAUCAUCAUUGGUCACAUGCACGGUACCACCUGGAUCAGCUGGUGUCAAGGUGAUCAAGCUCACAUUCCAUGGUCAGCAAGCAACAUCCACUUUCCUCCACACCAAGAAGGAGGACUCUUCAGAACACAGAAAUGACGAUGACGGCCCUGAUGGAAAUCCAGGUGGCAACCCAGGCGGCAAUCCAGGUGGAAAUCCAGGUGGCAAUCCAGGCGGCAAUCCAGGUGGUAACCCAGGUGGUAACCCAGGUGGCAACCCAGGUGGCAAUCCAGGUGGCAAUCCAGGUGGAAACCCAGGCGGCAAUCCCGGUGGAAAUCCCGGUGGCAAUCCAGGUGGCAAUCCCGGAGGCAAUCCAGGUGGAAACCCAGGUGGAAACCCAGGUGGAAACCCAGGCGGCAAUCCCGGUGGCAAUCCAGGUGGCAAUCCAGGUGGCAAUCCAGGCGGCAAUCCCGGCGGAAACCCAGGUGGCAACCCAGGUGGACCUGAUGGACCUGGCGCAGACGAUCAUUCACCACAUCCAACCACAACAACUUAUGUUGGAACAGGUCCAUAUCCUCCCAUUGUUGGUCCAACCAUACCACCAAUCGGUGGCACAACUGAUGUAACACCAAUUGGAACACCACCAUACACCACAACCGUCAUUCCCUUGAUAUCAACCACUACAACAAGCACCACAACAACAACAGCCAGUACCACAACAUCUUCAACGACAAGUUCAACAACAGGUGGUACAUUCCCAGUGGCAACAAUCACAGGAUACAUCUACAAUGAUACCAACAUCAACAAUGUCAGGGAUAGUGGAGAGCAUGGCAUUGGUGGCCUGGUCAUAUACCUCGUCGGACCGUACAACUAUCAACAGAGCUACACUCCAGACUCUACAGGAUACUACCAAUUCACUGUUUUUGAUAUACCAACUGGAAUAGCCUCCUACUCACUCAUCAUGGACAUCUCACUCCUGUCCUCUGUCAUCAUCCCGCUCAAGUCCUCAACCUUUACCCUCCAAUAUGGAUCAACAAUCCAAAAGGAUAUCUCAGUACUCGACAAAUCUCGAUUCGGAUGUGUUGGAACCAUCUCUGAUCAACAAGGCAAUGCACUCGUGCUCCAAUAUGGAGUGUUCAACUUGGCCAACUAUGGAUGGAGCUUCUCCAUGAUCAAAAAAUAUAACUUCCCUGGCUACUGUGAGCUCAUUGUUCAAGGAACAGACGCAGUGAUUAGGUACUCAUCAACUGUCAAUGUUACAAUGUUCUAUGAUCUCAAUAUGAAUGGAUUGAUGGAUAUUGGAGACGAGACUGUUGCAUAUCCUACAGAGGGCACACUGGUCGUCAGCACUUCAUUGGCAGGCGUGCCUCUUGUAGUCGAGUAUGACAUUGAUCUCAUUCGUACAUCAUUGUUACUCAAUCUCCCAUCAUCGGCAACCCUCACAUUCAAUGCCAAGCAGUCGGUUGACCCAUGGACAUUGGCCACGAUCAACAACAAGCAGAUCACAAUCAGUGAUCCUGACACGAUCACCUACACCGAGAUGAUGUUUGGAGUGUUCUACGUCAAUCCCGCGCUGACAUUGAUUGUGUCCGAUGCGGACAAUCAGGAGCUUACUCUGCCCUUUGGCAAGCUACAGCCAUCAUUCUUUGUCAAUGUUGGAUUCAAGGUCGUAGGCAGCCCGCUAACGCUUGAGCUCACAGACAGCUCAAAGCAACUCGUUGUGAUCACAGGUCUUGGCAACACAUCGCCUGUGUUCUAUUCACAACAGAUCACUCAUACAUUGGCUCAGGGAUUGGACGCCACUCAAUCGAUUGAGUUGCUGUCACCACAGUUCUUGACCCUGCCCGAUCAGCCUUCUACUGGUGGUUCAGUGGUCCUGCCCCAAGUGUACAACACUGAUGACCUCAAAGCAUUUGUCGGUCAGUUUGAGAUAACAGUUGUACAAACAAACGAGAACAUCACAUUCAGCAUCCCACCAAUGUUUGGCGGUAGUCUCAUCAAGCCCAUCCAACUCAAAUGGAACAACGUUGAUCUCUUCCCAUCAAACAUCGCCUACAUCCCCGCCACGUCAACCUCCUCCUCUACAACUUCCACCACAUCAACGCCAACUACAUCGACUACUUCCUCAGGAACAACGACCACGUCUACAUCCACAACCUCUGGCACAACCACUGGCACUACUACCUCAGGCACUACAUCUAGCACAACCUCAGGCACAACUACCACCACGACCACGACAACUACUACCGCCCCGGCAACUACCACCACGACAACGACAACAGGUGGAAGUGGCCUCCCAUCAUACAUCGGUGGAAGAGUAUUCAAUGAUUUGAAUGUUGACAACAAAUUUGAUCCACAACAGGAUAGGACCAUGGCCAAUGUUACAGUCAACCUGGUUGGAGGACCUACCACUCAAUCAACACUCUCUGAUAAGAAUGGAUACUACUUCUUCACAGUACAAGAGUUGGGCACAUACUUCAUUCAAGUGAUCCCCCCCAACAUUACCUCCUUCUACCUGCCGAUCAACAACAUCUCAGUUCCAAUCACUAUCGAGGGUUCAACAAUUGGCAUUGACAUUGCCGUUCAUUCAAAGAAUGGAUAUGGAUGUAUUGGUAACAUCAACAAGAUGGAUGGACCAGCGGUCCAGCUUCAGUAUGGCGUGUACUACCUCCCAGCCUACCAUGCAACCAACUCAAGCAUUGCCACUCUCCAAUUCCCAUCAUAUUGCUCAGUCAACAUAUUCAAGGACUACAUUACAAUCAAAUAUAGUUCACUCCUGGACAUUAGAUUAUUUAUUGAUUCGAAUGGAGAUGGAUUGGAGAGUGUCGAUGAGAGCUUGGUGAAUGUGCCUACAACAGCAUCACUAUCACUCAUCUCAAUGGUUGAUGGAAAGAAGUGGUUGAGGAGCAUGACCAUCGGCAGCAUCAACAGGAACAUGUUAGUGGACAUCCCUUCAACGACAAUCAUUCAGUUCUUCAGACAAUAUGCAUUCAAUCAAACAUCAAUGCUCAACAACAUCACAAUCAACAUACCACCGAGGUCUGAUGAGUUGGUCACCACUGUCUAUGACCCGCUGGCCACCCCAUCCGAGUCCGCCACACCAAUCUACGUCAGCCUGCCCGUCGUCCCACUUCCUGGCUAUGACUUUGUCAAGCUCCAAGGCACGAUGAGGGAGACCAUCGCCAUACCCUACGGAAAGACCAACCUGACGUCACUCUUUGCCAAUGUCAAGUGGACUUCAUCGGUCGUAUCACUCGAGCCCACGCAAUACCAGACUGUCCAGUUCUACAACUCGACCAACAUCGAGCAGACCCUGGUCACAAUCACAUACACUCCCAAGAUGGCCUACACCCUGGACCUGGAAGGCAUAGACACGAUGCUGAUGCACGACCCUCUGUUCCUCAACUUCAUCGGUCCCGUCCCAAUGAGCGGCGCCAAUAUCACACUGGCCAACAUCUACCUCAUCCAGCCAACAUAUGUAUUGGAUGGCCGCAAUCUCACGUGCGACCUUCUCGAUCAGUACACAAUCAACUGCACCAUACCACCGUACAAAGGAGGUCCAUUCAACAGGAGGUUCUAUAUAAUUGAGUUCAAUCAGACGUUGGCCAAGUCAUUGGCACCACCAUACACGCUCACCUACCAGCCCAACAUCACAGGUAUCGUGCUGAAUGACAUCGACUUUAACAACAAUGCCUCGACCAGUACUCCAUUAGCCAACAUCACAGUUAUCUUAACAGGAAUGAACACUACCGACACCAACAACACCAAUGUCUACGUCACAAACUCUGAUGCCACAGGUUACUUCCAAUUCGCCACAGUGUCACCAGGUGUCUAUCAAGUAUCCAUCCCAUCCAACUCUUCAUUCUUCCUUUCAUUGCCCACCAUUAUCAAUGUCACUCAGUCCGAGAUCAUCAAUCUCUCAGUCUUCCAGAAAUCAUCACUUGGAUGUGUUGGUAGAUUGAACACGAACUUGGAUCAAUCGAUGACCCUUCAAUAUGGUACAUUCAACAUGAGCAACUUCAACGUGUCUCUGGAUGAUGCCAAUACAUUGGUGUCAUAUGACUUCCCAUCAUAUUGCAAGAUCUCUCGAAGUGACAAUGUGAUCAUCACUAUCACCUACAUCGCAGACAUGAACGUCACCUUCUACAACGACGCCAACAUGAAUGGAUUGCAUGAUGACGCGAAUACAACAAUUAUCAUCGAUCCAACCACCACACUCAACUUGAUCGUCAACUCUACGAUUGGCAACGAACAAGCCAUCUCCAGAUCAUACCCGAUUGGAACAGUACCAACGACCAUCUCAAUCGACAUACCAAGCAACUCGACCGUGUACUUGGUCCCCAAUACAACAUCGGCGACAGUGACCCCAGUGCUCAACUACCAGAUGGCCAUCUUGAACUCGACCAACGUCAGCACACCAGUCCAGCUCGCAGUUGGUGUGAUCAAUGAUCUUCCGGCCAACACCUUGCAGGUCUUGAGGAAUGGUUCCGCGUCUGAUCAAUCAAUCUCCAUCCCCUAUGGAUUGAUGUCCGCUGCCAUAUUCAACAACCUUGGAUGGUGCGACAACGAAUCAAUGGUGUCCUUGGCAUUCAGCAUACGCUCAGACAUGUUUGUGUCGGUAAUCAAGGAGGGUACCAUGUUGAUCGAACUACUGAACGAGACCAGACGAUAUGAGAUCACAUUGAAUUGCUCAACGGAUACUUUGGAGUUGUAUGAUCCUACUUUGCUGGAUAGCAUUAGUCGCAUCCCUGUCAUUGGCGCCAUCGUGGACAUUCGCAAUGUUUAUUGGAACAGACUCUCGAUGAACGAUACCUUCAUUGCAGACGCAGCCACACCAUCAACUGGAUUGAACUGCAGCGUGAUCAAUGUCAACACGACAAGGUGUACUAUUCCAGCCUACGAUGGUCAAGACAACAAGACGCUCAUCGUGAUGAUGUCCAACACCACUCAAUCGAUCUCCAAGUCGUUCAAUCACUCAUACUCCUACGAUCGAUCAUGUGAGGCGAACCUCACAGUGAUCGAGUCGACCUUUGAACAAUGUACUGUCGAUGUAGACGAUGCCACAAGACAUCAAUCCAAUGAUGAGGUAUCAUCAUUCACAUCCAACACACUUGUUCAGUUGACAGGACAACUCUAUCUCUACAACAACACAAUACCAGCAAUGACCAACAUUGAUAUCACAUUCAACAUUACCUCUUCCACUACCUAUCCAUCAAUCAUCAUUGCAACCUGCGAGCCAACAAUCAUCACUUCACAAUAA